AUCAUUUUGUAAUUUUGAUUGGUUCGGUUAAAUUCACAGUGCAUAGUUAAAGUUGUUGUGUGGCAUUUGAGAUCAUUGUUCGUUGAUUACUAAUAUAUUCCCAUAUUUUUUCCUUUAUUUGUUUCUAAUAAAAUUCGCUGGUUGUAGGAAAAAAUGAAAGUGUUUUUUCUGGCUUUUCUAUUAGCGGCUAUUCUAGUCGCUAUAUCAGCAGAUUCGGCUUCACUUGAGCCACAUUUCCUUUCAGAUGAGUUUAUUGAAUUGGUGCGCAAUAAAGCAAAAACAUGGACGCCUGGGCGAAAUUUCCACGAAUCUGUGGGUGAAGGAUAUGUCCGCCGUUUAAUGGGAGUCCACCCGGAUUCGCACAAAUUUGCUUUACCUCAAUUGAUAAAAGACUCAGUGGGAAGUGCACUUGAGCUGCCUGAAGAAUUCGAUUCUCGAAAGCAGUGGCCCCACUGCCCUACUAUUUCGGAAAUACGUGACCAAGGUUCAUGCGGAUCUUGCUGGGCAUUCGGCGCAGUAGAAGCAAUGUCUGAUAGGGUUUGCAUUCACUCUGAAGGAAAACAUAAUUUUCAUUUCUCUGCUGACGACUUAGUAUCGUGCUGUUAUACUUGUGGUUUCGGUUGUAAUGGAGGCUUUCCCGGAGCUGCCUGGAGUUAUUGGACGCGUAAGGGCAUAGUUAGUGGUGGACCCUUUGGCUCUAAUCAAGGCUGCCGUCCGUAUGAGAUUGCACCAUGUGAGCAUCAUGUGAAUGGUACGCGUCCAGCUUGCGACGGUGAACAUGGAAAGACACCUCGUUGCCAAAAGAAAUGUCAGUCUAGUUACAAUGUGGAUUACGGUAAGGAUAAACAUUAUGGCGCUAAAUCAUACUCCAUUGGUCGCAAUCAGAAAGAUAUCCAGGAAGAGAUUUACAAUAACGGUCCCGUCGAGGGAGCAUUCACUGUUUACGAGGAUUUAAUAUUGUACAAAGAAGGUGUUUACCAACAUGUGGUAGGAAAAGCACUAGGUGGUCACGCUAUCCGUAUCUUAGGCUGGGGAGUAGAAAAAGGUACACCAUAUUGGUUAAUAGCGAAUUCGUGGAACACGGAUUGGGGCAAUAAUGGCUACUUCAAAAUACUACGUGGGGAAGACCAUUGUGGUAUUGAAAGUUCCAUAUCUGCUGGACUUCCGAAGCUUGAUUAAGAUCGAAUAUUCAAACCGUGAUUAACGAAAAAAUUAUAUUUAAUACAUUCACCAAAUGCGUAUAUAUACACAGGCACUCCAAAUCGGUGAGAAUCAGAUAACGGUUUGUUUCUGAGUUCUCCACCGUGUAUACACAAUAGUGCUCUUUAGUUUAAAAUAAAAUAUAUUGUUUUGAAGUAAAAUA